GCCGGUUUGCAGUCUCGUGUCAGUUCUCACCGUGAAAGUAUCGCGGGUCAUGCGUCGCUUUUAAAUGUAAUUUAAACAUUAUUUAAACUCAAUUAACACUUUGUUUUUUGAUUCAUUUAUAAAUUUAAAUUUGGUGUUAUUUAAGUGAGAAUUAUUUAAGUGAAUUUAUUCAAUGGAGAACGACGUACGAUGGAGAAGAUUUGUGGACAAAAAAAAAGGAUACUUGGUGGAAGACGAUCCGAAUCACACCAAAAAAUUCAAAUUAGAUAAAUAUUUACAAUAAGUAAAUUUAUAUUUUGAAGAAAUAGUAUUAAAUAUACUUGAAUGAUAAAUUUGCAUUGAGAAGAAAACUAAAAUCGGCGAAGCUGAUUUCUAUUGUUUGUUGUGGGCGUAAUCAUGUUCGGUACGAAAUUGCGUACGUGGAUGGAGGCGCAUAUCGUGCGACCCAAGAAAAAGAAAGAUAGAAAGAAAGGUGAAAAAGGCUUUGAUUCAAAUUGCAACUCACCAGGUAGUCACAGUAACCGAUCACCGUCAGGACUUCAUCAGGUUUAUCCAUUGAACUCGCCAAUAAGAAACGUAGACAAUAUUAUCAUAAACAACGGAUCAACGACGACGUACGAAGGCGCAACCACAAAUUCAUCUGCAACUUCAGGUGGAACAGGAAGCGUUAAUUUAUCUUCGCCCGAAAGCGCUUAUAGCACCGGGUACUCGACUGAUGGAACUUCACCAGGGGCCAGUUAUCCACCCGAGUAUUACAUAAAUAUCAGGACGGGAACGCACUACUUCCAGAGUAACAAAGGGGCUCGCAUUAACAAGCGACCCGGUGAAACUACCAGCGUGAUGGUCAACGGUCCAGUAAAUGAGGUACAACGUGAAUGCGUCGAGAAUGUCAGGUUGAAUGGUAACAUCAACAUGACACGAGAGAACAAACUCAUCAGAGAAUUAAAAACGACCAUUCCCUUCCAGACGACGGAGUCAGUUAACCAUUUAGUCAACAAGCAGAGUCAGCUAAAUUCACAAGCUCAUCAGCGCGACUCCCUCCUGCAGCAACAGCAUCAGCAGCAAUACCAGCAACAGUAUCAUUAUCAUCAUCAGCAACAGCCGCAGCCUCCGCCGCAGCCUAGAAGGACUGAGUCAUAUUCAACGGAUGUAACGGCUCGCAACAGUUUACCAGUGCCCUCAUCAAUUCCUCCGCCCUUAAUUUCUUCGCCCUCAGCCCAAUCGCCUCGGCAGCGCUCCCGCAUACGAACGAAUCCGUGGCUUUCCGCCAAUUCUUCUGGCUCUAGCACGGCUACGACGACAACAACAGCAACAACCAAAACGAUUGCCAACGAGUACAACAAAUCACGUUUAACCCAUGACGAGACCAGCAGCAGCUCUGGUCUCAAACUCACCGAGUCUUCCGGAAGUGCCAGUGAUGUUAACGUUAAUAACCAUAGGAAUGGCAACACUAAGAGGGAGUGCCGACAAGAGAGCCUCAGCGCAGGGCGUAGUCCAGUAAAUCAAAAUUGGAGGAUUUCACCAGCGAUGGAUGUCAGAGCAAAAAUAACAGGAUUGUUAAGACGUGCUAGCAGCAGCUCAUCAGAAUCGUCAUCAAUGACCCAAAGUUUUCGAUCAUCAGAAGAUGACAUUACGCUUAACGAAAUGAUGGGUAAAUUUGACGAGAGUUAUGUAUAUGAAAAAGAGACGGAUAUAUUGUCGGACAGCGAUCCAACUGACUGCGAGGACUAUGUCAAUCACUCACCGUCAGAUAUCGACACCGGCCAGGAUGGGGGUGAUGAAAACGAUCCACUUGAAAAUGACGAGCUUGAUUAUAUUGACAAUGGAAGUUUUCUGGAUCUCGAUAAUCUUGAAGCACAUUUACCCAAUACCGGGCACUGUACUUAUUUCACAUUCACAACCGAGCUAACACGUCGUAGCACACGGCUCAGGGAAUCACUUUUGAAAAGACGAUCUAAAGACGAAUUCCAACAUCGAACUUCAAGCAUGAGAAAUAAUUCAAAGCGUCAAAGUCUUCGCCACAAAAAGUUUGAUGAUAAGUCCGGUGAGAAGCGUAAAAAACGUCAAUCACAGCGUAAAAAAUCCGGAUUAGAAAAAUGCGAUGAUGCAACAGCAAAUUUAAACAGGGUAUUAGUUGAAAGAAUGUUGCUGAAAAACUCAGGGUUUAAUCAAGGAAGCCGAAGUGUAGGUGGCACGCCAAUUUGUCUGAGACGAAGGAAGCACCACGAUAUAAAUGAGAAUUUGUCAUCCUUGAAGCAAAAUGAAGAUCACCAUCGUAACUUUAUUCAUCCAAGUGUGAUGGAUAAUGAUGUAGUAAAGCGGCGAUCCAAUUCGGUGAGUUAUAUCAAUGGAAAUACAUUGAAGCAGCGUACGUCUGGGAAUUCUCGCAUGUCAACUUUUGCAUCAGAACUUGCUCUCAUAGAAGCCGAUAGAGAAGCUGAUAGGAAAUAUCAAGAGCUUAUAGUUGAAGCUGAAAAUAUUCUUGUAAAUAUGAAAAAUACAACCACCACUACAACAACAGCUACUGCUACUACUAACACCAGAAAUACUUCGCCUGUAAUACCCUCGCCGUCACGACGACUUCACAAUGGAUUGGCUAACAAACGGGUCGAGUUGAUUAAAAAUACAGAGCUAAAUAUUGAACUGGCGUUAUUAAAAAGCCGCAAUUCACAGCCAGAAUUGCAGAGCGGAAGUAUACGUGAUAUAGAGCACACCAGCCCUAAACGACAAUUUAACCAGCCUUUUUCACCUAUCCACCGUUUUAUCGAACGCAAUUCUGGUAAUUUAAUAAAAGAUAAUUAUCAUUAUCGGCAAGAUAUUAAAUCUUCUGAAUCACCAGUUGUAUUAAGGCGCACACCACAACCUUCUCCCUGUCGUAGCUUAGUGCAAAAUCGCGUUUUGAUGAUGGAACAAGAGACAAAAGAUAGAUCGAGAUCUCGUGGCAUUGAAAUGAACGGUAUUAGGUCAUUUAGUCAAGACGGUAGAUUGUCGAAAACAUUUACCAGAGAGCAAGCAUUAUCACUUGCUCAAAAAACUUCUAGUCUUAUGAUCAAAAAAGAAAUUCCAAGGAAAACUAAAGAAAAUACUCCUACGUCGAGUUCUUCUGAGUCGGACGAUCGAUGUGAAUUGAGUCGAGCACCCUUGAUGACGUUCAGGUCUAUUGAUAUGGGACCAGUCAAAGAAAGUACUUACUAUUGUCCUCAAAGUGAACCAGUAAAGAGAAAAGUUUACGCCGGUAGUGCAACAUAUGGAAGGAUACAAAAAACAUUAGGUGAACAUAUCGUUUUGAGAAAUUCUGAUGGAGAUACUGCGACUGAUGAUACAGAUGAUUCAAGGCGGACAUUGAGAGAAAAAAUAGCGCAGUUACGACAAGAGCGAUUAGCUGCAGAAGCAAACUUGAAUGCUCAAGACAACCAAAAUUUCCAGCAUCACCUCACGCAGCUACGAAGACAGAUGCUGAUGCAUACGAUCGAGGGCCUAAAACGUAGCCUUGAGGAUCAGUCGGCUACUCUGAAGCAGACGUGCCUGCAGGAGCCGAUCCUCGACGACACGUUACCUUGAAUCGAUACUUAAAACUUGUCCCUCAAAGUGAUUUUUUUAGUAUUUUUUUAUUUCAACUUUAUAACGGUAUACCUAAGCGUCUAUAUAGGUACAGAGGGGUUUUCUUAACAGACGCCCUGCAGGGGGACUCACAUAUAUUUUUAUGUCUGUCUACAACUAAACGUCAGGGAGAUUAAAAGAAACGUCAAGUCGUAUAUGACGUGCUAUAAAAAAUAUUUUCCUGGCCGUUUUCACUUUUUACAAAGGCACGUAUCGAUAGCCUUAAUGUUUAUCAAUGUAUUCGAUACAUAAUUAUUUUACGGAAUUCUGAGUUCAUUAUUCUUUAAUCAUCACUAUUAACACAAUUGUUAUUGUUAUUGUUUAUUUUAUUUUUUUUUUUUUUUUCAACAAUACUUUCUUUAAACAUAUUAAUUUAGGGUUUCUAUGAUUCUUACGACACCACAAAAAUUUAAAAUAUUUAUUUCAUUUUUACUAGCGGAAUUCGAUAGAUUCUUGAUAAAUAAAACAAGAAGUUGAAUAAAAUUUUUCGAUAUCUUGCUUAGUUUUCGAAUUAUCGAUACUGGAAAAUCUAAAAAAAAAUUUUACUAUGGAAUUUGAUAGAUUUUUGAAAACUAAGCAAAAUAUCGAAAAAUUGUAUUCGUCUUAUUUCGUUGAAAUCUAUACAAAUCCGUCUUUAAGUCAUGGAGUCGGAAGAACCGUAGUAUUGCCAUUAAUUUAAAAAUCAUUAACUCAGUAACUUUUUAACACGUCUUUAUAUUUUAAUAUUAUCUUUUUCAUAGAAAUGGGCACACUUUUAGUCUAUUACUAUUUGUUUAAUGGGCAUAUUUAAGUAUAUGUAAAUUAGUACAUAAAUUAAAUUUGCUAUGUACGAAAAAUUUUUACAUUUUAAAAUUUACAAAAUGGCUAUAGUAAUUUAUCUUUAAACCAAAUAUGAAUAUUCAGUAAUGAUCAGUAAUCAAUAGAGAGUAGAUAGUUAAAAAAUUAUAAACACUCAAUCGAUAAAUUAAUUAUUAUUAUUAUUUUAAUAUUCCAGUGAAUAUCACCCUAUGUAGAAGUAUUUAUACCUUAGUUUUUUAUUGCUUUUGGUUAAAUUAUAAUAUAAAAGACAGUUAUCCAUAACUUGUAUGUUAGUAUUAUUUGUUUUGUUAAAAAUAUCCGAGAUUUUUUUUAUUGUAGUAAAAUAUCUGUAUUGUAGUAUUUAUUAUCUUGUAUUUUAUGUUACAAUAAUUUUGUAGACAAUACACGUAGCGUAGACUUAAACGUCUGUGGAUGCCAUAGAAGUUUAAUACAAUGUUAUAUUUAUACUUUAUCCGUUGUACUGUCAAUACUUUUUGUUUACUGUACUUAAAUAGUAAGCUGUGACACAGAUUAUUUAUGUUUGUCAGUGGGACGUUAUUUAUAAAUUACUUUACCAAAGAUAAUAUGAAGAAUAGAAAAAAAAAAAAAAAAAAACUUUUCUUAAUUAAAAAACAAAAAACAAAUUUAUGGGAAAUUUAUUACUGAAUACUAAUCAUUUUAAUGCCAAAUAUUGUACUCAAAGUAGAUAUUUAUUAAUUUAUUUUAUUUAUAAUUUAUAUUAAUAAAUUAUGAUGAUGUAAUUUAUUUGUUUUUAGUAAUAAUUAAUUUUAUUAAACAAUAUUCAGUCACAGUGAUAUUUUUAAGAAUAGACUGAUAGCAGUACGAUUAGAUUUAAUUAAUAAAUUAUUAGUGUAUCUAGAAAUUUUAAUGUGAUUUACGUUGAAAUGUUUUCGUCAAAAAACGAAAUUUAUAUCAAUUAACCGUGACAUGCAAUAUUUAUUUAAAUUAAAAUAUUAGACGAUAGUAAAUACGUAGUUUAAAUUUAGAAAAUCAUAGAUUUUAGAAUUAAACUAUCUAAAUAGUCGUUAUUGUACUAGAUAGGUCAUUUGUUUCUUUCCUGUAUUUAUAUUAAUUUCUAAGAAAAUUUGUCAGCCAUUUUACAAAAAAAUUUUUUAUUUAUAAAUACAAUUGAAGAACUCAAGUUUUUAUUUCAGUUGAAAUUAUUAUAACUUGAAAAAGUUUUGAAUACAAGUUCAUUAAUAAUUACGUAAUCAAUGAUAAAAUUAAAUUCAAUAAAAUGCAAGCAAUUUUACCACUUGAGCGUGGAAAAAAAAGUUAAAUAUUUCAAUUGAAAUGGACACU